GUCCGUGCUUUUUUAACCAAACAAUGUCGGAGAUUUCAUUUGUGACAAGGUUUUAAUAGUCACAACUCACAAACGAUUCACUUUCUCUUUCUUCCCACUAAUAAUAGAAGAGAGAAGAAACAGUGUGAGAGAGAGAGGAGAAAACUAAACCCUAAACCAAAACAUGUCUCUUCAUUCUCCAUUGAUUGUUGAAGAAACAAAACAGAAAAACAAGAAAGAAGAAGAAAGAAGAGAAUUGGUUGAAGAAGUGAAGAAACAGUUAUGGCUAUCAGGGCCAUUGAUAUCAGUUGCAUUUUUAAAUUUUGGUAUCAAUCUUAUUUCAGUUAUGUUUGUUGGUCAUCUUGGUGAGUUACCUCUCUCUGGUGCUUCCAUGGCUACUUCUUUUGCUGCUGUCACUGGUUUCACUUUAUUGCAAGGAAUGGCCAGUGCCUUGGACACAUUAUGUGGACAAUCAUACGGCGCAAAACAAUACCGCAUGUUAGGCGUACACAUGCAGAGAGCAAUGUUCAUUCUUAUGAUCGUUGCGAUUCCCCUCGCGGUUAUUUGGGCAAACACAAAAUCUAUUCUUAUUUUACUUGGCCAAGAUCCUGAAAUAUCUAUAGAAGCUGGCAACUAUGCUAGGUUAAUGGUUCCAUCCCUUUUUGCGUAUGGUCUUCUACAAUGCCUCAACAGAUUCUUACAGGCUCAAAAUAUUGUAUUUCCAAUGAUGUUAAGCUCUGUGGUGACAACUUUAUUUCAUCUUCCUGUUUGUUGGUUUAUGGUAUACAAGUCAGGAUUAGGUAGCGGAGGGGCCGCCAUAGCAAAUUCUAUAUCCUAUUGGCUCAAUGUUACCAUACUCAUACUCUAUGUCAAGUUUUCUCCUUUAUGUAAAAAAACAUGGAAUGGCUUUUCAAAGGAAGCACUUGCAUUGACAAAUAUCCCAAUUUUUAUGAAGCUUGCCAUUCCUUCGGCUAUAAUGGUUUGCUUGGAAUUGUGGUCAUUUGAAUUGAUGGUUCUUCUUUCCGGUCUUCUUCCAAAUCCAAAGUUGGAAACAUCAGUGCUUUCUAUUUGUAUGAAUACAGCAGGAGCUAUUUGGAUGAUCCCCCUUGGACUUAGUGGAGCUACAAGUAUUCGUGUCUCAAAUGAACUCGGGGCUGGUCAUCCACGGGCUGUACGUUUGGCAGUGAAUGUCGUUGUAGUGAUUGCCAUUAUUGAGGGCAUCUUAGUUGGAGCUGUGAUUAUACUAAUUCGCAAUAUAUUGGGAUACGCUUAUAGCAAUGAAGAAGAAGUUGUCAAAUAUGUAGCAACUAUGUUGCCUAUUAUUGCAGUAUCCAACUUUCUGGAUGGACUUCAAUGUGUUCUUUCAGGCACUGUUAGAGGAGUUGGUAGGCAAAAUAUUGGCGCAUAUGUCAAUCUCGGGUCUUACUAUUUGGUAGGGACUCCAGCAGCCGUUGUAUUAGCUUUCGUAUUGCAUAUUGGUGGGAAGGGACUAUAUCUGGGGUUCAUAUGUGCACUCAUUGUUCAAGUAUUUUCUCUAACAAUCAUUACAGUACGCACUGAUUGGGAGAAAGAGGCAAAGAAGGCUACCGAUAGAGUUUAUGAUUCAAUAACAACAGAGAGCUUAGUCUCAUGAAGAAUGAGAUUUUUUGUUUAGUUUUCUUACGUACUAGGAUUUGAACGAUCACAUUGUUUACCUUUCCCUUACGUACUUGUAUCAUGAGAAAUAUAAGAUGCGUUGGAACCUGGAAUCGUCCAAACUAAUUGGCCAUGCUAAUCGGUUAUGCUUCCUAUUCUGUAUAUUGCAACAACACCAUUUAUUGUGAAGGCCACAUUUGUACCCUCUACACUUCGUUUUAAUUCUCAUCUCUGUGCUUUUUAUGGCUGCACAAUCACAAUUGGAGGCCUCACAUAUAAAUUAGACAACAGGAUCCCA